GAAAAUCAUCAUCAUCUCAAUCGCAACGUUCUAAGCAUCUUCUAGACUAGAGGCUUAAGCUCAGGUCAGCGCUUCGAUUAGUUAGUGCUUUGCCGUCGGUAUCCAGUGGCGCAUCACCGAUUGUGCUUCUCGUGUCGCUCUCCCUCUCUAGUCUAAACAUUGAAGUUGCGCGAGUGUUUGAUUGGCGCUUCCCAAUCGGAAAAGAAAUAAAUUACGUGUAAUUCUAGUCGAUAUGCAAAUCUUCUCAGCAUCGGUGAUCUUUGCCAUUUGCUUUCACUUUCUGACUGCCACGACAGGAUUGGCGCGAAAAUGCGGUCACGUGGCGGUGUUCCACAAAAUCCUCGGAAUGCGGCCGGCGAAGAGCCAUAACGUCUACGAUCAGGAAGCACCGAGUGGACUACUUCCGCUGUACGGUGUCAGUGGGUCUCACGAAGAAGCGGUCAACGCUAGAUGUGCUCGAUUAUGCCGCGAUGAUCCGGUCUGCUACGGGUACCUUUUGGUGUUCAGUCAGAACGUUUGCUACGGGUACAGCAGUAAUCGGACGGCGGCGACAACCCGAUACGACUACAUCGACGAAGCCAACCACCAAUUAGUGACCGACGCUAAUGUUGCGUUUUUUGUCAAGACGAACUGCCUGGACGUGCCCCUCAAAUGCGCCACCACCAAGCUCUUCCCACUGGUGUCCAUCCCGGGAGCCGCUCUGAUCAUGCCAUCCUCUCACCAUCUACUGCCGCGGCUGGUCACCCGAGACGAGUGCGCCAACGCAUGCUUCCACGAGCAACGAUUUCCCUGCCGCUCGGCCCGAUUCGUGCGCUCCUUCCGAAACAAUCGCCAUCGCCUUCGGUGGUCCAAGAUCGAUCGGGCGCAAAUGGGUCAAUGCUACCUUAGCCGAACCCAUCGGUACGCUCACCCGGAAGCGUUUCGUCGGGGCUGGGAGGAUGACGAGGAGUAUUUAGAGAAUCAGUGCCACGCAAUGGGAGAUCGGGGUUCGGCUGGCUGUUCGUUCGAGCAGCAUCGUGAUACGGCUUUUGUCUAUGCUGACGAUUCGCUGAUCGUAUCGGAAGAGAAAAGCUGCAGCGAACGGUGCUUGAAUGAGGAUCGAUUCGUUUGCGUGGGCUAUACGUAUCACAAUGCGUCGAGCGGGGGAGGUGGAGGAGGGCCAAGAUGUUCGCUGCAUUCGGACGAUCUGACGAGUUUGGGCCCUAAAGCUGUUCGGACGGUGAUUGAUUCGGUUUACGCCAAAAGGGUGGCUUGUUUGAAGCUGGCGGAGCAAUGUCUAAGCAAUAGAAUGGAGGUGGCGUUCGAUCCGGACGAAGAGUACCGCGGAAGGAUGUACUUGAACACUGCGCAUCAGAAUUGUAGUUAUGAGGUGACUAACAAUGGAACGCAGCUGCUGGAGAUCGCAACUGGAAACGAACUUGUGGAGUCUCGUUGCGGAAUACGGCGAGCCUUCAUCAAGGGAAAUAUGUUUGACUUUCUUGUGUUCGCAUACGUCUACAUUCAGCGGCAUCCGGUGAUUCGUACGCAGGCUGAUCGUCUCCUCAAAAUGGGAUGCAUCCAUCACUUCGAUUCCGCCAACGUAACUCAGCUGAUGAACAACCUUCCGAUGCAAUCGACCGUGGACUUCAUCCCGCAUAGUCAGACGUUUAGUAUCGGCUCCACUGAAGUCCGCAAUGGCACGUCCAAAGUUGUGAAAGGUGUCACCACUGAACUGAUCGACGUGGAAACGCAAGCAGAAGUCUUCGAAGCUACUCUUGGACAGCUGCUGGAGAUGCGAAUCAAAUCGUCCAAUCCCGCCUUCGACAUGGUACCGCACAGUCUGCAGGCCUAUUCGGGUGACCAAACAUUGACACUUCUGGACGACAAGGGCUGUCCGCUGGAUGGACAGCUCCUAUCGGGCUUUCGGAAAGAGAAAAAGGCCUCCGAGAUUGUACUAGCGGCACGUUUCCAUGCCUUUAUGUUUCCCAGCUCAACAACGAUAAAUUUUAGGCUAACGAUCCAAUUCUGCUACGAAUCGUGCCCCAAAGCGGUGUGCUUCUAUCAAUAAAGUAUUCUAAGUAUAAAAAUGCCUAUAUCUUUA